AAAAAGCAAAUGAGAUCGCAAAAAGGUUGAACAUAACGGACUUUGGUGGAUCUAAUGGUUGGCUUGAUCGUUUUAGAAAAAGGCACGGUAUUGUCUAUCGUAAAAUUUGUGGGGAAGCCGAUGCUGUAGAUGACAACAGUAUUAAAUCGUGGAAAGAGACAAUUCUACCAAAUUUGUUGAAAGAUUAUUCACCCGAGGAUAUAUACAAUGCUGAUGAGUUUGGCUUGUUCUUUAAAUUGAUGCCAGAUAAGUCACUUGAGAUGAAAGACGAAACAUGUCAUGGUGGUAAGUUAAGUAAGGACCGGUUAACUGUUUUAACUUGCUCAAAUUGGUCUGGAACUGACAAGCUAAAACUUUUGGUAAUAGCUCAAAACCGUGCGUGGAUGACUGGAAGUUUAUUCAUUGAAUGGGUUCAACAGCUCAACUGCAAGUUCGUUAAACAGAAAAGAAACGUCCUUUUAUUUGUCGAUAAUUGCCCUGCUCAUCCGAAAGAAAUAACCCUUACAAAUAUCAAACUUGUGUUUUUCCCGCCAAAUGCUACGAGCAAGCUUCAGCCCCUUGAUCAAGGUGUGAUCAAAGUUUUAAAACAGAAAUACC